AGCAGCGGAACCAUCCUGAAAACGUCCCCGCGCAUCCAAUGGCGCAGAGCUGCGUAUGGAGGUCUUGGAAGGCUUGGUGCAGAAGGCUGCGGCACAGCUAGGCCUGCAGCCCUCCAAAGGCCAGGCCUCCCGGUACCUGGGGGUGGCCAAGUCCAAUGGCAAGUGGCUGGCGCGGCUCAAGGGGAAGACCUUGGGCUCCUUUGACCUGGAGAUCCAAGCCGCACUGGCGGUGAGGGCACGGCAGCUGGAUGCCAAGGAGGCCUCAGAACUGGACCACACCCUGGAAGCGCUGAAGCAGGUUGCGCCCCACCUGCUUGCAGUGACCUGUGGCUGCGGCAAGCAGCGAGCGGAGUGCCUCUGCAAGGAGAAGUCCCUCCGGGAAGCCGAGGCGGCGCGGGCGGCCUUGGAGGCUAUCCGCGCUGCCGCGGCGUCCCCGGCGGCGCCAGUGGCGCAGCCGUCAGCGCCUGUGCCAGAGAGGCCGACGGAGAAGGCGCCAAAGAUGAAGGCGGCCAAGGCCAAAGCGUCGAAUCCGUCCAAAGCCAACGCGACCGAGACAGCCCCGGAGAAGACAGGCUCCAGCGCGGAGUACUACAGGUUGGAGAAGCUGCGGCGCCAGCACGCGCUGCAGCGGCGCCGCGGCAAGGAGCUGCGCCGCAGGGAGCGGCGCUCGCAGCUGGAGCAGCGGUUGCAGAAGCGAAUGGAGAUCGAAGCCGGCGACGAGGGAAGGAUCCGAAUCGUGCAGGAGCCGGAAGGUGUGAGGACGGAGGAAGGCGCGCGCUUCGCCUCGUUGCGCCAGCUCUUCUUGGCGCGGCUGAGGCGCCGCAGAAAGCGGCGCCCGGAGCCGGACGUGCGGGCGGUGCAGCUGGAGCGGUUCGGCACAAUGCGAGUCCUGAGCUUCUGGGACGCCGAGGACAAGCUGAAAUGGUUGGCUCAGCAGAAGGAGGCGAGGGAGAAGUUCGACCACUUGAUCCCCUCCACUCCGGCCGACCACAUCCCUUCGACACCGGUAGGUGACCUUCUGGAUAUGCCGAUCCAGGAGUUCAACGAGGAGCUGGAGCCGAAAGUCAAGCGGUCCAAAUGGAGGCCUUCCAGCGAGCUGGCGCUGAAACGCCUGGUGGAGCGGCGCAAGAAGGAGGCAGAGGAGGCUACACGCGAGGCCGAGGCUGGUGAGGCGGAGGUGCCACAAGAGACGGAGGAGCUGAAGACGGCAGGCAAGCUGGAGAGCAAGAGCAAAGCCCAGAGGGUGGAGUGGCUACUCCUGCAGCAGAUGGAGCCACAGCCCUUUCUGGCGGUGGCGCUGUGCGAGUCAGAGCGGCAAGCACAGCUGGAGGAGCAGAAGCAGCAAGAGGCCUGGGAGGAGCAGGGCGGGCCGCAGGAGGAGGAGCAGUUGGCACGGGAGUGGCGCCAGACCGUGCGCCGGCGGCGUCAGAGCUUCCUGGCGCGGCGUGGCGCUCACCGCUGGUUUCGCACCUCCGAAAAGGCCCAGGACAAGGUGGCCACGGAUCCCUAUUUGUGAAGCCGCGCUAGGGCCAUGCUCACCUGGGCUUGACGUCUGCGACAUGUCGGCUGAA